GUUGCUGCUCAGUCCACCGCUUGGUGGUGAGAAGUACAGGCACUCUGGCUCAGAGCGGGAUAAACACGGGACGAAGGUGGAAAAAAUACCAACUCUCCAUCACGCGUUAGACUCGAAUUAAUGACCGUGUGCUCCUCCGGACCGGGAGAUUUGUAGCUGCCGCAGUGGUUUGUUCCAGCAGCGGGCAUUUGCUGCUUGGUACCCGGACGCGUCCGCAGUGCUGGAUUUUGCAGUUCGGAAGUGGAUGAGAUCUACAGACCAACACUCUCCUAUCACAAAACCUUGUCGUCAUAAAGAGAGACCAGCGAGCGGCACACAUUGACAACUUCUUCUAAACGUUGAUUUCAGCAGCGUGGACAACAUCUAGAUGUUCGUUAAUCAGUUUUUCACUGCAAAGAUUUUCUCAAAGGACUUCUGAUUGGAUACCAGAGGAAGUGGGAGAACCAAUCAGAUCUCUGCAUGUGUGUGGGAUGCAAUAUGAAAAUGUGGUCAUGAGCGGGUAUCUGAUGAGAAAUGAGGCCCUCGGAAAAAACAAGCGCUUCCUGCCCUGUGGGAGGUUAUGUGUGGGAAUGCUCAGAUACUCUAUCUGAAAAGCUUUCGCACAUAAACAAGACUCUGGUCAUAUAUGAAGCCUCCUUUCCAGUGUGACAAGACACAAAACGCUCUUUGAGAAGAGAAAAAUCAAGCUGAUAUCCCUAAUAAAACACAACAAUCAUCCAUGUGAUUUCAACACUGCAUCCAGUUACAAGCAACGUUGCAUCUGUUGUUAAAGGUCUGUGUAUUCAAAGAAAACACCUGCUGAAGCUAUGACUGAAGCACAGAUGUCCAUUUCGUCUGGGUCUAGUGGACAUGGAGGAGGAAUGGUGACCAGUGCCUUACUUUGCUGGGCUGUGGCUCUUGUGUUCCUCUCACUGACAAGGGUGCCUGUUGUCCAGGGUGAUUGCUGGCUGAUUGAAGGGGAAAAGGGAUUUGUGUGGUUGGCAAUUUGCAGCCAGAACCAGCCCCCCUAUGAAAACAUCCCAAUGCAUAUUAACAGCACAAUUGUUGACCUGCGCCUCAAUGAGAACAAGAUUCGAAGCAUCCAUUUUUCUUCCCUUAGCCGCUUUGGCAAUCUCACAUACCUGAAUCUAACAAAGAAUGACAUCUCUUACAUAGAAGAUGGGGCUUUCUCUGCUCAAUUUAAUCUCCAAGUGCUGCAGAUUGGCUUUAACAAAAUGAGGAACUUGACUGAGGGAAUGUUAAGAGGUUUGGGACGCUUACAGUACCUCUAUCUUCAGGCAAACCUGAUCGAGACCGUCACAGCCAAUGCCUUUUGGGAAUGUCCUGCGAUAGAAAACAUCGACCUCUCCAUGAACAGGAUUCAGCAGCUUGAUGGCGCUACAUUCCGUGGUCUAUCAAAGCUUACGACGUGCGAGCUCUACGCUAACCCUUUCAGCUGCUCAUGUGAGCUGUUGGGAUUCUUGCGCUGGCUUGUUGCGUUCCCAAACCGGACAAGUGAGAGGAUGGCGUGUGAUACACCUGCCGGCUUUUCAGGCUACAGCCUCUUGAGUCAGAACCCUAGGAUGCCCAGAUAUCGAAAUGCUUUCCAUGCCCUCUCUUCAGUCUGCACCGAUGACAAUGUGACUCCGUAUCUUCAUGGAUCUCCAGAUGGAGGCAUUCCAACGAGGUUGCCUGAUUUGAGUCCUUGCGGACUGGAUGACUGUUCCUCUGGGACAUUUCCAGAGGAGACAAUUAGCAUCAGCCCCACCUUUCUGGAUUCAGAUGCUCGUCCAAUAAUGAAACUAAAAGAAGUUACUCACACAAGUGCAGUAAUCACCAUCCAGAUUCCUAAUCCUUUUCGCAAAAUGUACAUCCUUGUCCUCUACAAUAACAGCUUCUUCACUGACAUCCAAAACCUGAAAAGCCAGAGAGAAGAGAUUGAGUUACAAAACCUUAAAUCUCACACCAACUACACAUACUGUGUGGCAUCCAUUCGUAACUCCUUAAGAUUUAACCACACUUGUCUGACCAUCUCGACAGGACCAAGGACAUUGCAAGAACGUGUGGUAAAUGACUCAACUGCCACUCAUUACAUUAUGACCAUCCUUGGGUGUCUCUUUGGGAUGCUCAUCGUGCUGGGUGUAGUUGUCCAUUGCCUGAGAAAGCGCAAAAAGCAAGACGAGCCAAAGAGCAAGAAGCUGGAAAAGAUGAAAAGAAACUUGAUUGAGAUGAAAUACGGAACCGAGCUGGAACAAGGGACUAUAUCACAGCUGUCACAAAAACAAAUUCUGUCCGCUGGUGAAACAGUACAAAGGAUGCCAUACUUGCCAGCUGCCAGUGACACAGAUCAGUAUAAGAUGCAAGAGAUCUCUGGAACGCCGAAGACUACAAAGGGGAAUUACAUGGAAGUGAGAUCAGAGCAACCAGAGCGGAGCAUAAGGGAAUGCAGCGUUCCUCCAUCGGAAACCAGCCAGGGAUCUGUUGCUGAGAUAUCCACCAUUGCAAAAGAAGUGGACAAAGUAAACCAGAUCAUCAACAACUGCAUAGAUGCACUCAAGUCUGAUUCAACAUCAUUCCAGACUGCAAAAUCUGGCGCUGUGUCGACAGCUGAGCCACAGUUAGUUCUCAUAUCAGAACAUCCCCCGGGCAAGUCUGGUUUUCUGUCCCCAGUGUACAAAGGAGGCUACCAUCAUCCCCUACAGAGGCACCACAGCAUGGAUGCUCCACAAAAGCGUGCAAGCACAUCUUCGAGUGGUUCACUCCGCAGUCCUCGCUCUUUUCGCUCCGAAGGAGCUUACAGAUCAGAGUCCAAAUACAUUGAGAAGGCAUCUCCGCAGGAUGAGUCAGGAAUCAUCACAGUCACUCCAGCUGCUGCAAUUUUGAGGGCAGAGGCAGAGCGGAUUCGGCAGUACAGCGAGCACAGGCACUCCUACCCUGGUCCCCACCAUAUAGAGGAGUCAAUAGAGGUGUCAGGGAGUCGGAAAUCGUCCAUUCUGGAGCCGCUGACGCGCUCCAGACCCAGGGAGUUGUCCUAUUCGCAGCUCUCACCACAGUACCACAACCUGAGUGGCUAUUCCAGUCCCGAGUACAGCUGCAGGCCUUCUCUUAGCCUGUGGGAACGUUUUAAACUACACCGCAAGCGUCACAGGGAUGAGGAAGAGUACAUUGCUGCAGGCCAUGCAUUGAGGAGGAAAGUACAGUUUGCCAAAGAUGAGGACCUACAUGACAUUCUAGACUACUGGAAAGGAGUCUCUGCUCAGCAGAAGUCAUGAUUGCCAUUUUUAUAGCCCAUCCAAUUAAAGAAGACUGCACAAGUCUCUGGACCAAACCAGCCAGUAUCAACGAUUAAGUGACAAGUCAGCACUCACUUUUAGAGAUAUAGCUUAGAAGUAUUGCUAGGUCUUUUCAUUCUGUUUGAGAAUGAAAAAGAUUCUGUAGAUCUCGCAGUGAGUGUACGUGCCAAGUGGUAAGAAUAGCAAACUUUUAACAGUAUUAACCUCAACUCAACAUUUGAUUUUUAUAUAUUGGAAAUAACAAUAAACUACUAUUAUAUUAUC